ACACAACAUAAGCCAGGAGGUGACAUCGCAUCAGGAUAAUAAACCUAAAGGCAACUUUCACAAGCAGAGAAAAGGUGGGGAGUCCAAGAAAGGAUCAGCCCUUAGGAGAAUCAGCACAGAAUGUGCACAAUGCAACUGUUAUCUGUACCACAAACACUUUGACCAUAUGCAGACUAACCAAGAAAAUACAAUGGCAAAGAAAUCUGAAGAACACCUACAAGAGCAAGUAUCCCGCCUCAGCGCUCUAACAGUGGAGAAUGUGACAAAAUUAGAGUUGCAGUAUGAAUCUAUUGAUGGAGUUCUCCAAGAGAGGCAGAAAGUGGAGAAAUAUAUCCAGAAGACCCAGCAGUCAGGAGAACUACAGAGGAGCACAGGGUCCUUACUUCUCACAGUGCAAGAACAAGAUUCCCAACGUUUGCGGAAAAGCAGGAUAAACACAACGAAAGGUGGUAACAAUAAAGUGUUUACAUCAAGUGAUUCUGUACCACAAAUUCAUAGCAAGGUACUGUCUUCAGAGUCCAAGCAGCCAGUGAAUGUAGGAAAAUGUAAGAACAUCCAGACUCAGACGGAAGAUAGUUGGCAUGAUAUAUCAACAGCCAUUAGAUCACCAGUCAUUAGUAAAUGCGCAGAGACUCCUGAGCCAGAUGGUAUAGAGACAAAAAUGUCUACUUCAAAGGCAACUGAACAACGUUCUAUCACUACUGAAAACACAAUGGUCAGCAAGUCUUCAGAUUCAGCAACUGGUGAGAUGCCUGGACAAUCAGAGAAUCCUUUAUAUUUUGAAGAUGAUCCUCCUCUGCAAGGUGAAGUAGUCUGCGAAUUCUGCCACAUGCCUAAAAAAACAAUUCCAUCAGUAGAACAGAUUGUUUCAGAACCUGGUGAAACGCUAUUUUGCUGUGUGAAAAACCAAGAACUUUUUCAAUUUCUCAUCAUGAAUAGCAUUGAGCUAUAUACACCAGAGGAUGCUGAGGAAAAGAACAAGGCUGAAAUACAGCUACCUGAAAUGUCUAAUGAGAUGAAAGCUCAGCAUGGACUAAGAGAAGAUAUUGAUUUAUAUAUACCAGAGGAAGCUGAGGAAGAGAAUGAAGGUGAAACAAAGCCACCUGACAUGUUGAAGGAGUUGAAAGCUGUGCAUUGCCUAAGGGAAGAGUUAAAGAAAAUAAAUACAAAGCAAUAUAUCACAUUACUAGUGGAUCAUAUUAGAACAUGUGGAUCUCUUUUUAUGACAGAGAAAAUAACAUUUUCACUGGCAUCAGCUAAUGGCAGAUUCAUAAAUAACUUACAAGCAGCUGAUCUAAAUUCUGAUCCAGUCCACUCUAUUGACGACUACUUCAUUCAUUUUCCUGUGUUGGACAAUAAGCUGGCAAAAAUGCCCAGUGAGACUAUCAAUAAACGUUACAGCUCAGGACAGGAUUUCCUCAUCAUCUUUCCAGAUGGGACAGGACAGGUUCUAUAUCCAUCAGGAAAUAUUGGUAUCUUGAUUGCCUGCUCAAAACCCACCCAAUUUACCUUUAUCAUCUUGGAGGAUGCCGAGGAUAAUCCACAGAUACAAGCCGUUUUCAUGAGUAAUGGUCAUGCAGCCUGCUACCAUCAGAACGGGAUGCUUUGGACUGUGCUGGAUCCUUUCGGUGGCUUUUACUUUGAUGAGAGUGGGACAUGGAAGAAACAUUGGACUUGGUGGGAUGUCAGCCAGCAUGUGCAUGCUCCCCCCUUUCAGUCAAUCACUUUGAAGCUAAAUCCCAAUGUUGAAGUUAAAAUGUUAACCCAAGAUCAAAUCUACCUUUCAUUCACAAAAGAGAAAGAGAGAGUUACAUUCAACGUUGGGUCUAAACUUAUGUUAAAAGAUCCGAAGAAUAUCUUCCAACUGAAGACAUGGAUUGAUGAGACUGAAUGGUACCUGUAUUCAAAAAGACAUCAAACCUACAGUCUAUUAAAUAGGAUGAAGAAUUUGCUGAGAAUUUCAAAUAGUUCUCAAAGCACAUUUGAGACAAUGCAAAAAUAUAUUUGCCAGGUACAAAAAUCAUUAAACUACAUUAGUGGACUUGUAAGCAAGAAAUAGACUGUUCUAAAGUGCAAAAAAUGGAAGUAAUACAGGAAAAUAUGUCCUCUAUGAAGACCCAUCAACCCCCACCGCAGUAGAAACUUCACAUCAAAAUCUGAUUCACAGAAUGUGCAGAAUAAGAAGAAAGAAGCAUCAAAUAGAAGUAAAAAGCAGAAAAGAACAUUGAAAAAGUAACAGAAAUACAAAUAGACUUAAAAGGUGUAUUUCUCAGUAUGUUCAAUAAUCUUAUAUUCUGUUAUUGUAUUAGUACCCAGUGAUAAUUACAAGUUUAACAUACUGCAGACUGGUGCAGACAGACAUUUGGUGAACGUUAUAGGAGGAUUGAUUAUUAUUGUCCGUAUAGGAGUAUGAGAUAUAAAGGCUAAUGGAACACUAAAGCCAGCAAGAUUUAAUUGAAAUAACAGUAGUUUAAAAAGCUACAACUUUGAUGAACCAUUCAUCUAUGCAUAUAAGAAAUAUAAUCUGAGUAACACCUAUGAUAGGUGUUGAGAGAGUAUUAUCCUCUCUGUGACAAACAGUAUAUGUUGAUAUUUACUGGAGAUAGCAUGCAUUAGAUGAUAAUAGAUGAAAUUCACAGUGCCUUCUGUAUUUUCAAUACCACAAUAGCAAAGCGUCAGUAACCCCUGAACCGGCUGCACUGAUCUGAGUAUUAUUAGCCAGCAUCUGAGGCGAAUGAGACACAGUGCAUAUUGACUGGCCUAAUCUAUAUUUCCAUUGACUAGCAUCAGUAAUGGUCUCUCAACACGCAUAUAAUGCUGUAGCACAUGCGUGGUAGCAGAACCACGAAGUUUGCUAUAUAGUCUUGCCUUUUACACACUCUGUACUCUUUUCAACACCAGAGCAGGUUCAGUGUCAGUAGCUCUCUCAUUGGCUGCACUGACCCUUGGGUCACCAACCAAAAGCAGAAGUGAAUGAGACACUCUCCGUUGAUGCUCUGGAACUGUCUAUGACUCUAGAGACUGGCACAAGCAAGGGUCUCUCACCUACGUAUAUAAUGCAAUAGCACAUACGAGGCAGCAGAACCAAGAAAUAUGCCUUAAGGUCUUGACUAAUUCUCUGCUGGUGUCAUUCAUAAAUUUACUCUCCAUUAAUUGAGAGGGCUAAGGCCCGUCGGAGUUUAUAGAUUACUUGUACCUUUUAUUUUGUUACAUGUUGUAUUGUAUGUAAUGUGUUUAUAUUUCGCCUUUUUAGAUAAAGAGAGUACAAUCUCCAAACCAUUUUAAUUAUUGAUCUACAAUAAAAGUUAAGUUUCAAUAGAUUGUUUUUCUAUUUCUAUCUUUCCCCCUUUUUUUCUUUCCCUAUUAUUGAUCCAAUGGUGUAGCACAUGCAUUCGAACACCAAUUGAGUGCCCCAUUAUAGGAGAGUUCUUGUUUACCUUCCUUGGUAAAGUUCUGUAUAAAAAAUUUGGUGAACGUUU